UAAAUAACCAUAAGAAACUAUAAAAUGUUACAGAUAUUCAGGACAUGAAAAAUCGUUCAUUUAUUGUAGGGACGUAGCAAGCGCGAGAAAGAAAUCACCCCAAAAAUCCACAACACAACUACAACAAGUUGUUCGAAUAAUUCUGAUUGUGGGAAUGAUCAACAAAUGCAAUACUCAGAGGUAAUUUCCGCCAAGGCUAGUGACAAUGGAAAUUGCUAUCUGAAAAUUGUUGCGGAUUAUGGUAAUGAACAUAAAGAGUCGUACCAUACUGUUAAAAGAUACAUGACGGAAGAUUCAGAUGAAGAGAAAAGGAAUACUGUCAUUUCGGUUGCAGUAAUUCUAGUUGACUUUGCACUGAUUCUUACAGCAGCUGCAUAUUUAAUAUGCUUACAUCAUAAAAAAAUUUCAAUGAAUAUAUGUAUUUGGAGACAAUUCAUCACGUAUGAUAAAGGAAAUAGUGACAGUGGACGGUUUUCACAGACAAAAAACGAGACGUAUAAACAAAGUCAAAGAAAAUCUUGCCAAAAAAAUGAAGAACAAAGCAAGGAGUUCAAUUCAAAAAACGAAGACUCACAAAGAUACAAUGAUUUAAGGAAAGAAGGCCUAACACAAAGACUUAGUGGGUAUGAUGGAACGGAAGAUCUUACCAUAAGUGCCCCGGAUUUAAACUUAGAUUUCCCAAAACAUAAUGAGGAAGAGGUAAGUACUGAAGCAAAUGACAUGUCUGUCAAAGAACCUAAAAUUAACGGCCUUUCUACAGGUCGAGCUGUGCCAGGAGUUGGAGACGAAAAAGAUCUAUCAUCUAAAACCAUAAUUGAUAUUAAUCCAGACAGAGAUGUUGUCGAAAAUGAUGAAAAUCAACAGCAAUAUUUAGAUGAUGGUACGCUCGUAAAUGAUGAGAGAAAUGACCUGUCUGCCGAAGAACUCACAGUAAAUGACCAUGAUCAAGAUGUGUCAGAAAUUGAAGAAGUGAAAAAUUUGCUAUGUAAAGAACAAACCAUAAUUGAUCUUUAUCCAGAUAGAGAUGAGCUCGGAAAUUAUGAAAAACAGAAACACCAGCUUGCUAAACAUCAUAAGUUAGAUGAUCAAAUACUCGAAAAUGAUGAGAGAAAUGAGCUGUCGGCUAACGAAUGUACAGGAAACGACCAUUUCCUAGGUAAAGAAGUGUCCGAAAUUGAAAAAGAACUGUUAUCUAAAAAACAAACAAUCAUUGAUCUUUACACAGAUAGAGAUAACCUCGAAAGUGAUGAAAUACAAAAAUGCAUGCUUGAUAAACGGCAGUAUUUAGAUGAUGACAUGUUCGAAAAUGAUGAGGAAAACGGCAUAUGUGCUAAAGAUCCGACAGUAAACGGCCAUAUCUUAGAUCAAGAUGUGCCAGAAAUUAAAGAAGAAAAAAAGCUGUCAUCUGAAAAAGAAACGGUAAUUCAUGGUGAUUUAGGUGUGCUUGAAAAUGAUGAAAAACAAAAAUACCUGCCUGCUAAACAACAUGGUUUAGAUGAUUAUUUGGUUGAAAAUGAAAAAACAAAUAUGUUAUCUAAAAAACAAACCAUUAUUGAUAGAGAUGAAAAUGAAGAGUACCAUUCUGCGGAAGAAUAUGAUUUUAUCUACCUUGAUAAUCAAGAUGAACAUGUGGUUAUGUAAUAAACAAGCUUUAAAAACAUUCUUACAUUAUCAACAAAAAUCCAUGGUUCACUUUUCUUUUUUUUUCUUUUUACGUUUUCGUCGUUGACUUAAAUAGAUUUUUCCUCAAAUAGUACUACUCUUUCUAAGGUGUAUUUUAAUUCUUUGUUGGUUUAUUUUAGUAAUCUUGAUUUUGUAAUAAAGGACACUUAAUUAAUUAUUCGUAUAUAUACAUAACUUUGAUUUUUAUUUCGCUAUUUAAAUGAAUGAAUUAAUCUAAGCUUUGCACAGACUGUCUUGUAAUCAGAUUGUAAUGUUUAUGAAAUAAUAAUAUAGCUUAACUCGGGAUGUUUCGAACAUAUAAAAUACGUUCAAGAUUCAGAUUGGCAAUCUAAAGAAUCAAACAUAUUUUAUUUUUUUUAAAAAAUAUUCUAACGUUUUUUCUUUCGCAACGAUUUAAGAUAGAUAUAUCAUACAAUGAAUUUCAAAAGAUUGACUUUUUAUAGUGAAAAAUCAAUAAUAAACAAUAAAAUGUUUAUAAGUGUUUUGACACAAUAUAAAACAACACAAAUUAGACAUUUAUUAUGAAGGAAAUUCCAUUGGUCGCUUCGACUUUUGAUUUUUUUUAUAGUAAAAUAUAGAUAUAUAUUUUGAUUUGUAUCUGUUGAUUCUUUUAGUUUCACAGUAUGAAUACACAACAUACAGUUUAAAAAAACAAACAACAGAUUCAGUUAUAGGGAAUGCUGACGUCUCGUACAUAAUGUGUGCAUUCUCAUAUUCUUUUGUUAGAAUUUCCUAUGCAAUUUUACCUACAGAUGAACAUAGUAUAUUUGUAAUGCUAUAUACAGGCCUUUUUAAAGUAGACGCUAGUGUAUAAGUUAUACAAGUUGCUGACGGGAUAUACGGGAGAAUAGAGCAUGAAUGAUAUUAACAUGAUCCGAGGCGCCCGUCGAAGAUAAAAAAAAUCGAUUAGCUAGUUUAUUUUUUCUCCCAUAUAUCUCGUCAGCAACUUGUAUCACGAAUUUAGUCUAUGAAAAACUGUUUUGUUAGAUCAUACGAAUGUUGAAAUUUUACUUUUGAUCAACUUUAUAAUCGAAGAUUCAUUAGAUAUAGCUCUGAUACCCUUUAAGGCUGAUUCAAAGAAGCGCGGGAUAAACGUUUCACAAUAAAUAGUUAUUCAAAUAUCAAGUCAUAAUAGCGGUGUAUGCUGUUACUUUUUGAAGUAAUGACAUUUAUAGAGAAAUAUGUGUCUACGAAUAGAAAUACAUAUGUGCGCUUCUAUUCUGCACGGUAUACCCUGCAUCGAAUCAAAAUUUGAAAAUAAUAUUUGCAUAAUUAUUUGAUGGAUAUAUCAUUUCGUUUCUUUGUACGUACUUAUUUUAAUAAGUAUACAUGUAUAUACAAAUUAUUUUUUACAUAGAAAACAGUGUUAUAUAUUUUAACAGGACACAUUUUAUACAUAGAUAUAAAACAUCAUAAUAGCGAGGGCCCGUCAAAUAUUACGCACAUACCAAUAUUAUUUACUCUUUGAUAGCAUAGAUCCCUAGAACAAUAUUCGUCAUAAAUACAUGUACAUUUAGCAAAUAUUCAAUAUUCAUUAUUCAUAAUGAAAUGAACAUAUAUGCUGGCUUUGUAGACUUUACUAAAUAACACCCCGUUCACCCAGAGCUGCGACUUUAGGACAAUCAUGCCGAUCAAGCCACGAUCUGAAAAAGUAUUCGAUCGGGGCCGAUCGUCGUCGAAAUCAAGCAAUUUGGCAAAUUUUGGUCUUCAUUACGACUGUACUACAAUGUUCCCACGUCCAACGCGCUGCUGACACGCUUCUACUAUGAUGUUACGCUGACCGCGCAUCGCGUUUACUGCGUAUGUACUACGCUGCCGCUACGACAUUCAAGCUCGCACUACGACGCUACGCAGACCUAGAAGACUGUACGACGAUUUCGCUACGACGGUGCCGAUCAUAUCACGCUUGUAGUACGCUUCUGGUACGAUUUUGGCGAUGAUAUAUAUAUCUUGGAUUUCAAAAAAUAUUUUUCAAUUACUUCCAAACUUCAAACAUGAACGGACGUAUUAAUGCUGAUCUGAUUCAUCUGGCUUUACUUAAGCAAGAACAAAUAUUGGUUGAAAUUGAAAUUGCACAGAUUGUUAACAGGCGGAGCUGCAAAUGAUCGACAAGUAAAGUGCCGCCCUAUAUAUGUAGUUGGCAGAUUAUGAUUGGUCAAAUAGCAGCGCUAUAAAAACAAACUGCUACCUGACAGGUCGUGGUAUGAUCGUAGUAAGGUCAUGGUAGGUCUUCGUAGGAUCGUCAUGAACGUAGAGAAAUCGUAGUGGGAACGUAGUAAGAACAUAAUGGGAAUGUUGUAGAAGCGUACUCGGUAUGUUCCCGACUGUACUUCGAUUUUACUGCGCUUUUACUACGAUCAUGAAGAACUAUCCACGAUGCUUUCGCGCUACGCUUGUUUUGAGCACGUUCAAAAUAAACGUGGCGAGUGCGUAGAACUUUCCGAUCAUGAAGACGCUACCGCGAUCAUACUGCGCUUAUGUAGACUCCACUACGUUUCUUUUGCGAUUUGCAACGAUUGGUCACGUUUUCGGCCACGCUUUGAUCGUAGUAGAAGCGGCGUCUAUGUGUGAACGGGGGGAGGGGGGGGGGGAGGUAAGGCUUUUGACUAUCCAGUUAUAUGGUUUAAAUUAAUUCAGUAUGGUGUGUACCCUGACCUUUUAUUUGAACAUUAAUAGAUUUUACCACAAACAUUGACAUGUGCUCUUUUGUUAUCAAAUAUUUUGUGGUAAAUUUCUAAUUCUAUCCACUAAUUUGACAGGCCAUAACCAGUCGGACAAUCUGGAUAAAAAAAGAUGUUUCAUUUUAAAUCACUGCCAUCAUAAAUUAAAAACUUUUUGUUAAAAUUUCCUUCAAAAAUAAUGUGAUAUUUAAGUAUGCUUAUAUUAUAAAUAGCAUCAAGUUUACGAUGUGCUGUUAAAUUCUGUAACACAGAUAAGAUAAAUGUAUAUAGCUAAAUAUGUUUUACAUUAAAUUUGUUGUGCCAUUUUCAAAAGAAAACGUCCACAUUUUAUUUGUUUAUGUUAAAUAUAACAUCAUUUUGUGAUGUUCACAUUUUUUUAUCAUUUUUGAUAUCAACUUAUGCUAAUAUAUUUGAGGUACAUGUGUAUAGCCUCCAAUGUUCAAAGUUCAUCCGAUUUUUCAAAACAAAUCUUCACAAUUUUAUUUGUUUGUGUUAUAAGUAGUAUGAUCAAAGUUUUUUAUGUCAACUUCUGUUUAUAUGUUUGAGGUACAUUUAUAAAGUUAUCUUUGGUUUCGCCAUUUUUAUAAGAAAACUUUCAUAAUUUAAUUUGUUUAUAUUAAAUGUUGCAAUAUUUGUGCGAUCUUUAUAAAUUUUUUACAGCAACUUAUGUUGAGGUACAUGUAUAUAGUUAUCAACGUUAAAUAUUCAAUUUUUGUGUUAGUUGUGUAUGUUGUCAUAACUUUAUGCUUUUAAAAUAAAGAAGGUUAUUCACUGAUCAUUUAACCACAAAUUGCAGAUUGUUGUUCCUUACAACGGCCGUCAUAAAUAUACUUUAUAUCAUAAGUGGCUUAAUAUUUCGUGGAAUAACGUCUAAUAGAUGAAAACAAUAUAAAUAAAAGUGAAACAUAUAAGAAAUACAUUAUCAGAAAAAUCAAGUCCCUGUGGAAAAAUCAUUUACAGCAGGCCACUUCUAUCAGUUAAUACACAACUUCAUGAUUUUUUGUGUGUAAAAAAGUGUGAGAAAUAUCAUUUUUAUAAAGACACUUUUUAUUGUAAUUUAAAUAUAGUAAAUACACAAUUUCAUGAAUUUUUGUACAUUUUUUGAUAGUUUUUUUUUCCCAAAGAUAAGUUGUUGUUUUUGUUUUUUUGUGUUUUGUUUUUUUGUAUUUUCAUUUUUUAUGUUAGAAGAAUUAGAGUUAAAACUGGGACCUUUUCUCACAUGUUUUUACGUGGUUUUAUAUAAUCUUUAGCCUACUAUUUAGAUCUUUUUUCACAUAUACAUGGAACUUUUUUAAGUUACUAUAGUUUUUGGAGUUAUACUGUUAAAUAGAUUGUUAAAUAAAAGUCAUUAAACAUGUUUGCUAGAAUCAUAAAAAGAAUACGAAUAUAUAUGAACUAAACCAAUUUGUUAUA